UCCUCUCGCGCCUGGACGGAGGCCGCGGUGCAGCCGGAGCCAUGACCCGGCACCUGGGCGCCGGCUCCUCCGCGCAGGGCUCGCCCGGCCGCCAUUUGAAGCCGGCGGCCGCGGGGCGGGAGGGCGCCCGAGACUGCAGAAAUCAGUCUAUUACAGAUUUCUUCAAACCAGCUCCAAAACAAGACAGAAUUGUAUUGUGUUCUCCGGACAAAAGAAAUGUAAAAAAUGGGGAUGUUGAACUGUCGGUCAUACGUACAGAACGAUUUGAAAAGAAAAUAUCAUCUCAGAAGAAAACUAGGAGGGAAAAGAUUCCAGUCCAAUCACCAAACAAGAGUCCUGUAAUGGAUGACUUAUUGAGAGGAGCUAACAGAGAGAAAAAAGACAGUCCAAAAGUUUUAGAGAACAAUAGAGCAUGCACGGUGCUAAGCACAAAGUAUCCGAAGGUUGUGGUUCGAAAACUCCUUAUGUCUGCAGGCCCUCCCAACUAUUCCUUGACAAAAAAGGAUACGACCAGUAAGAGAGAACCGGGGAGGAAUGAAAAGUGUCCAAUUAAAACAAGAACACAGUUGUUUUAUGAAAAUGGUAGGGAACAGCGGAUUGACUGUAUGGAUCUAGAGGAGGCCAGUUCAGAUGCCAGCAAAUGGGUUUCAACAUCAGAAGCUGAUGUCUUAAAAAACUAUGCCAGAAGUAAUGGUAAUGUGAACAAUAAGCCUUUGUGCCAAAAAGCCGGGCAUUCCACAAAGCUCCAGUACAGCCCUGGUGAGUCUCAAUAUUGGUUACCACUGGAAACUUACUGCAAAGAAGGAGAGCAGAAGAGACACAGAAUGGAACAAUCUAAACUGCAGCCCUUCAGUCCAGUAAAGGUAUUCUUAGGAACAGGUAUAUCAAACCAGGGCAAUGGAUGUCUCUUAAGAAAAAGAUCAAGCUCUGCUUCAUGGGAGACUGCCUCAGAUGAUUCAUCUCAAUCAAAGCAGGUUUCAAAACCUGAAGUUUCUUCUCCAGUUCUAUCAAGAUGGUCAUCUGAAAAGGCUGUUAAUAUAUGGAAAGAUCAGUCAUUCCGCUUUAACUCAAAAAUUUCUUCAGCACUGUCCAAACAAAAAGACUUUACUGGAAAAAGAAAAAGGAUAUCUAUGAAUAUGGACUUGAAAAGUUCAGGAAAACCUGUGGUACAAACUUUGAAUGAACCUCGUUUCAGCAGGUCAUCUGAAAAAUGCAAAAAUAGAAAGUCUGAGUUCAUUAAACAUGUUGUAGUAGUCUCUCCACGUGAUGGUGUUCUGCAACUAGAGGAUGCUGCUAUGUCACGUAGAGAAGACUUGUCUCUUUCACAGGAAUAUUUUGACAUAAGCCACAAAAAGGAAAAAGAUAAACCCACAUAUGUGGGUUUAUCACCUUUAUAUUCUGGACACUGUGCUAAUAAAAAUGACCAAAUCUAUGUUGCAGAUACCAAAGAAAAUCCGUUGCAAGCAACCUGCUCACGUUUCGUCUUAGAAAAGCCAACAUCUCUUUCUCAGGAAAAAGCUACUGUAAAGACUAAAACUCAGUCAAACACAGUGUGCACAGAAGAAAUGAAAUGCUUACAUUCUUCUUCCCACAUUCAAAGUGCUAGUUUAUCUCAGGUAUUAGAAACUAAGAGAGAGCAAAACAGAGUGAGACAGACUGAACCUAUCUUUUGUAAAGAUAAUGUACAGCUUCCCUCAAAUUCUCACAAGAAUUUUACUAAAUCAAAAGAGAACACUGGAAAGACUUCAGAAGCUAAUUCUAACUUGCCUUCAGUGGAAAUUUUUGAGAAGCCUGUAUUUUCAGUAAAGAUUGGCAAAGUUGUUGCACGUUCACUGUAUUUUGAAGAUGGAUGUUCAGCUAAUAGCACUAGUUCUUCACAGAUUUCAGAUGAGUUGAACAUUGAAAGCUCCAAGAUAACUUCCGUGAUGAAUAGAAAAUUAAGCAACAGUUCUGAUAGUGAAGAUGAGAGUUUUGACUGUAAUCUGGACAGCGAUGAAGAAGAAAUGCUCUUGCCACUGCAAGAUAUCCUGUCCUCAAGUUCAAAAUCACAUGUUGGAAAUCCAGAGGGAGCUUGUCUUAAGGAUCUUUCACAGGACACCUUGACUCCAUCACCCAAACGUCCUCUUUCUAAGAUUCCUGUUGUGAGUCAAGUGUCUUAUGUGAACAGCCUAGAACAUCUCUUGAAGGAGAAGGAAGAAUCCAAAAGGGUAGAUGAACUAGAGAAGCAACUACAGGAAGACAUACAGGAAAUUGGACUAAAUCCGUCCUCUGGAGAGGAAGAGCAAGAAAACUCUGAUGAAGAUAGAGAUCUGUCAGAAGAACACAGGGCAUUUAUAAAGAGGUUUUCGGUAGUAUCUGAUGCCAUUCCUGAUUAUCAUCCUGGAGAAGAAAUAUUUCACUUAUCAAAUUCUGGGGAAAUCUUCAAUCAGCAUAACCUUGAUUUGAGGAAUUCUGGUUUCAUCCCUCAAAAUCCUAUAGAAAAACUUCUUCUUAGAUCAGAAGUAACACAGCAGCUUUCUUUAACAACUCAGGGUUUCCUCAGUUGUGCUUACAGUUGUACACCGUGCCCCAUACCAGUUUUAAAGUGGCUGUUUCAGAUGAUGUCAGUUCAUUCAGACUACUAUGUUUCAAUGCAGAUUUUGGAUACUCUGAUGGAAAUAACAAUUAAAAAUGCUUCCAUCAGUGAUGCACAGUCUAAAGUGUGGAUUCCCUCACUGUCUGAUAUAUCGGCUGUAUUUAUCAAUAUGGGAGUGCCUUUUAGAUCUUUAUUUCCUCUGCAGCAUCUACAGCCCACCUUUAGUGAAGAUGAUAUUUUAUCUGAAAUGCAAAUAACAGUGGGAAAACAAACAAGUGGAGACACCUCUGCAGGUCCUGCUUUUUCUUGUCUGCCAGAAACCAACCUAAUGAAUGUGGUCAAGUUUCUUGGUUUUUGUACAACUAUGUAUCCGGAUGGUUAUGCGGACCAAGAAAUAUUGCUGCUGCUGUUACUGCUAUUUAAAAUUAGCCUGGAAAAACUAUUGAAGCAAAUUCCAUUGAUAGAUUUUCAGUGCCUGCUGUUAAAACUCCUGAAAAAUAUCAGAGCCUGGGAUGCCAAGAUGCCUCAGCUCUGUCUGACAAUAAGUGAACUUUCCAGUCAUCACCAUGAUCUCCUUUGGUUAGUUCAACUGGUCCCUAGCUGGGUAAAGCGUGGAAGACAAAUAAGACGACACCUUAGCCUAACGAUAAUUUCAAAGCUUCUUAACAAAAAGUAUACAAGUUUACCUGUUACCAGUGACCUGCAGAUGUCUCUUCUAUAUCAGUAUCUGGUGCAGAUGAAGCCUUCUAACUUGUUAAAGAAAAAGAUAGAAGCAAGAAAGGAGCAGCAGGAUGACCUCAAUGGAGAGUGCGAUCAUACAGAACUAGAGCAGCAGGCAUACUACCUGACCUACAGUCUUCUUCACUUGGUCAGUGAAGUUAGUUGUUUUGACGUUGUGAAUUCUAAUCAAAGGAAGUGCUUACUGAGGCUCUGUGGCGCCUUAGAAAAACAUGUGAAGUGUGAUAUUCGGGAAGAUGCAAGACUAUUUUAUAGAACUAAGGUCAAAGACUUAGUUGCUAGGAUAUAUGGCAAGUGGCAGGAAAUGAUACAAAAUUCUCGGCCUACUCAGGGGAAGCUGCAUGAUUUCUGGGAGCCGGAUUUGUGAAACAUAAGCCAGGUCAGAGAAAACAACAACGAAAGAAAUUGAACAAGAACUUCUUUUGCAACUGCGAAAGACUUUCCAAGAGGAUUGAAACUCUAGCCUGGUCAAAGAACAGACUGAAUCAAAACGUCAGCUUGGUGCAGGCAACUAGAAAAAACAUAACCUCUGCAAUUGAUUUCUGACUUUUUGAUAGAUAUACACAAUUUUUCAGGAAUGUUAUUGUAUGUAUGUGCAAGAUUUAAAAAAAACUUCUCCAGUAUGUCUAUCUGAAUUGGCCACUAGUGUUAUAUCCUAUUGAAAGCUGAGAGAGUUUUCUCAUUUCCCUUCCCUUGCUAAUCACUACAAUGUAAAACUAUGGUAAUAUACUUCUUCUUUUGGUCUGUUGCCCAAAGGCAUCCAUAAGUAUUGCUGUUGCACAGUUAGAAAACGAAUAGCCAUGAAUUGAUUGGCGAAGUAGGGAAUGGUGGCCCCUCAAUGAAAGGGAUGCGGGCUGCAAUGUAAAUAGUUGUCAUGGCAGAUUGAUGGUUGAACUUCUCUUUGCUCCAUGGCUGUGCUGUACCAAUAAACAAAGGAGAAUUUAAGAGGUCAUUACAGUGAUGUAUUAGCUUCAAUUUAAACUUAAUUUUCCUCUUCGAUGCUUUACCAAGUCUGUUUAAUUUAUAUAUAGUGACAGUGUGCAGAAAAUUAACUUGUAUGUAAGACCAAUAUUGCAAAGAGAAAUCUUGCUGCAACGUUAGUAUCUGCUGUCACAGUAUCCAAAACACACAUUUCACCUGUUGAUGUACGUAGUCUGACUUCAGCACCUUUCUGUAAAUGGCCAAAAUAUCAAUUUUAAAAUGUCAGCUGCGAUUUGGGAAAAUGAGAACUUAUUUGACUUUGCCAGCAUGGAAGUAGCUGUAAAAGUCAUAUUAGACGUGUCCAAAAUCAUUUGUGCUAAAUUUUGCCCUUAGAGGUGUGCUCAGAAUUCUUGUUGAAAUCUUUGCACUGUAUGUAAUAUUCUAAGGACAAAAUACCUUUGUUUUGUGAGCAAAUGUUGGCACUCACUACUUAUAGUGUGCUUAGCAUACCACUUCAUCUACAAAAUACAUGUGCUUAAAUAGAUAUGUUCAAGUAUUUGGUAGAAACAUCAACAAAGAAUCUUUAGCUAAUAAAGACUUAAGCUAUGUCUAUAUGGGCUUCCAGUUCAGACUACCAGAGUAUGAACUGCAGUAUGCACUGCCCCACGUGGAUGCUGCUGGUGCAAACUAAAAGAUGUACCUAGUUGGUGUGAACGUAGUCCUCUUUUAAACAGGAUUGCAUUAAUGUGAACGAAGUACCUUUUCGUUCACGCUCCCAGGAUCUAUAUGGGGAAGUUAUAGCAUAGGCUACUCGUGUGGGCUGCAUGGUUGUGUAGGCAAGCCCAGAGAUUCUAGUGAUAUCAACAUAGAAUACACGCGUCCUCUUUUUUUCUUUGGUUUGCAAGUAUGAAUUGUACUUAUGGUUGUAUAAUAUUCAUAUGCCAAACUCUUUCCCAGAAAAAAUAGGCAGAAAAGACUCAAUUUUAAGAAAAGCUCCCACAUGUAAAUAUGUAGAAGAAACUAAUAUAAAAUUGUGGAGUGACUUAUAAGGAGGAAAAAAGAAUCCUUACCUGAUUUUAUUUGCUUUUGACGCUCGCUGCUAAAUUGCUUUUAAGUGACUGUUUCUUGUCCUCCAUUUCAAGCGGCGUUGUGUGAAUUUAUUAAUAAAGUUGAAAGCCACAGCAUCUUUGUGCCUUUCACAAGUCUGCAUAUGUUAGAACAAGAUUCAUGCUGAUGGCACUAUUAAAAACAAAGACAAAAAAUCUUAACCGGUCACCAGGAGUUGGAGAAAUCUACCUCAAGGGUAUUUUUUUGUUUGGGUACAGAACUAUUUUAAGCCUAAACAUUACAGUGGUAAUGUAGGGUAGGGGACUGCUCUCUCUCUCUCUACAGUUUGUCCUAUAUAAAUGCUUCCUUUAGUGUCAAUUGUUAUUCUGUGAAUAUAUUACUGUACAUAAUUUUAUUAGUGUUUAUAUUUUUCUCACAUUGGGUAAAGUUUAAAAAAAGUGCCGAAUAUAUUGGUUUUUAUUUACUGUAAUUAAUGUGUAUAUAUUUUCUUACUAUGUGAAGAGGAGGCUACUGUCUUGUACAUUUCUGAGGAAUGGUAGGUGAGGGUUUGGACAGCCAGUCUCGUUUGUAUUGCAGUUCAAAGCCCAUUGAAACUGCUGAUUUUUUCAGAUUAAAUAGCCUCUUUGAUAAUUUGCUUUUUUUAUUUAAUAGCGCCAAUGGAAAAUAAAGCUAGAAUUGUUUUUUAAUUAAAUGUCUCUGCACAUAAAACAGGCAGUCAGGCAAAUAUCAACUUUGUGAAAAAUUGCUGCACAUCAUAUUUCUGUCUUACUUCAAAACUUCUCGUAAGGCAUUGCAGUAACAGCACGUGUACUCCUGCACUUUUUUCACUUAAUUCCUUUUGCCUUUUUUGUAAACCCUGGGAUUUUUCCUUUCUCUUUUCAUUUGUACACAAUCACUUUCAACUCUCCCGUGUUUGAAGGAACUGCUCACCGGACAGUGGUUCUGUGGGAACCCAUCAGUCAUUACAGAGAUGGUCCCAAAACUUUGCUUGAGUGUCAUGCCAGGAAUUCCUUCCAUUCCCAUCAUCUGUUCUGAGCUCAGUACUGCCUCCAGUACUGCUGCCUGUUGCCUACUUUGACCAAACCCGGGGCUGUUGUGCUUUGCUAGCCCAUUGUGCUCCUGCUAGCCCCCCCCUAUAAUGCUUAUGCUCCUGUGGAGAAAGGCCAAUUGCACAAUUAAUGUCACACAGCGUCUGCUGUCUUCAAAUAAGCACUUUGCACUGAGGCUUAUCUUUCAAAACGAUGCUAGCUGCACCAAGAGCCACUUUAUCUCAUUCCGUGGGUAGUUAGGUACACGUUGCUACAAUAUCACAGACAGGAAAUGAAAGGAUGGCUACCCGAUGUACAUUCAGGCUUCUACACAACAAAUUUAUUUUACUGACCAGCAUUGUUUGGUUUACAAAACUAGAUCAAUGAAAUGUUUUUAAAUUAAGGAAAUCUGAUGGCACAGUGGCAACAAACAUUUGUACUCUACUGUCUUAUCCCUACUAUUGUGCUUUGGUCUUAGGUAUGUGAGUUGGGCUUUUCAGCAGUGCCAAAAUUAUUUGAGUUCAAGUCCCAUUGAAAAGUCAAUGGGAACUUACACUCCACAGGUGCGCUUGAAAGCCUCAUUCAAGGUGACAGUUGUGAGAACUUUUUGAAGCCUAUGAAGGGAAUUCAGCUGGGUUGUUGAGUUUAGUGGAUCUCAGGUGACUAGAACAUCAGGGACAUAUAGCGCAUGUAUAACUUGGUUGCAUAUCUAUCAAGAUCAGUACAAUAGGUGGGUUGUGGAAGUAAACAUGUUUUUAACAGAAAAUGCUUUUUGAUAAAAUUAUUAACGGGUAGUGCAAUUUUAGCUAUUCAAGCUCUUAUACACUUGGAGUAUGGAACUAAUGUAUCUAGAUAUUAUGUUUUAUAGAGGUUCUUAUACCAUGCUUGUUACUGUAGUAUCUGAAUGCUUUCAUUACUGCAUUAAGCAAGGUUACUAUAAAUCUGCAACAUGUGAUUUGUUCUCUCCUUGCAAGGAGAGAAAUAUGUAUGCAGGACAGUGUUUGUGUGUGUUAGGGUUUUUUUUAAAUGUACAUACUGCUCUGUCAGAAGGCAGCUCUAAGUUGUCUUGCACUGUAAGUCGGAAGGUGCUAAGGUUCGUGAUGGUCCUUAGUUCUGUGGGAGUUUAUUCCACAGUCUUAGACCAGCCCUACUGCACAGAUAGAGCUUUAUCCUUGUGGUAGAAAAUUCUGUUGUACCAGAGGAAUAGAGCUCUUUACCACUGUCUUUAUUGAAGAGCAUUAACAAUCUUCUAGGAGCGCUGGGCGCAGGCCACUGAGUACCUUGAAGAGAAGGACUGAGACCUUGAACUUGGUAUUCUAUGGGAAGUCCAUGUAGAGGAUGGAGAUCAGGCUUGAUGUGAUUGCAGUAGCUCAUGAUGCCAAGGUGACAUGCUGCAGAGCUCUGUACUAGCUGGAGUUUCCUAAGAGCUAAGGGUUUCGUGCUCUGAUGUAUUGCAUUGCUGCAGUGUGGAUAGGCGGUGAAAAUAGAGCAUUUAACCAAGGGCCCUGCCACUGUCAGGCGGGAUGAGAGCGUCUCCUAGACAAUUUAUAUGGUUCCUCCCAUCUGCCAAGUAGUUAAAAAUAGAAAUAAAAAGAAGUCUCCCAUCUUGCCCAGCCUGUAAGAGAGCUUGGUUAGUUUAUAAAUUGGUGAUUGUUUCUCAUUGUGAGAAGAAUUUGGGUGAGGGGCAGGGUUUGCAGGAUCUAAAUGCAAAAACUUCUUCUGACUUAAUGUAUCUGAUUUCUGUUGUCGCUUCCAUGGUCUAGGCCUAGCUCCUGAGGAUCUUCUGCCUCCAGCAUUCAUGAGCCUAUUGUUUACCACUUUAUUUUUCAGUGAAAUGUAAUAAUUGGGGGGGAUUCUGGUUGCAGAGGGAGUAGCAACCUCUCAGGAAGCCAAGGCCGAUCCCAUGGAGGAUUUCAAGAACUGCUUGAACUGAAAUCCCUUUCUAUGGUGAAGGAGUGCAGAGAGCAGAGCGUAGGGGUGAUGUGGUCAGUGACGUGAACAGAUGGGCUCCUGUGUUUUGUAUCAGUGGGAGCUUUUUUAGGCUCUGUGUCUGCAUGUCUAGCUAAAAGUUUUUCAGUCAAGCCUGGAGGUUAUUGUGGCCAGAUGUAUGCCCAACAUAAUGGGAUAUAAAUCUGGUUGGUCACAAAUGGAAGUAGGCAUGUUCUGCCCCCAUGACUCUUGGAGCACCCAGGAACAUCCCAGGAGCUCUGUGGCGGUGAAAUAAUUUGAAGGCAGGUGCCCUUGAAAAUGGGGCCUAUUAAAGUUCUCCAAAGUGCUUCCCUCUUCCUACCAGCAUUGCUUUAAUCUUGCCUGAGUUCAGCUUUGGGCAUCUCCUCUUCGUCCUCAUGGUGAGAAAGUUGAGGGGUGAUGCAGAGCUGGGUGUCUGCAAGUUGUUUGGCACUUUGCCCCCAUUUGUCUCACUGAUUCUUUCAUGACAGGUGUUGAAUAGGGACCAAUGGAACUCCCCUGGGUUCAGUGUGGGAGAAUAGAGUUGAGGCGUCUCAAGGUGGUUACAUUCACUCCUGUCACAUCUAAGAGGUGGGUAACCUAAUUGCAUAUCCAUGCUGCAGAGAGAUCCAUCAGGAUGAUUAUGGCUGUACUUUUUGUCUAGGAAUGGGAGGAGGUCAGUCACCAGAUCUACAAGUGUUUCAUCCCAGGUCCUGGUCUGAAGCUUUACUGAGGGAUCCCAGGGGAGGGUUUUUUGGUUUACUAGUUUCUCUAUUUAGCUUGCUUAGAAAUGAAAAACUGACUUUUGUGCUCUUGGAUUAAUGGCAGGUUUUCCAGCUUCUCACCUCAAUAUAUAAACACCAUGUUUAGGAUGGCAAAAAAAGAACUAGGUAGCAGGUGUUUGAGUAGUCAGGCUUUUGGGGGCAGGUAGAGGGAAAGGGUCAGCAAGCAUUGAUUUUUCCUGUUGGUCAAACUGCAGAUUUUGUAAAAGCAGUGUCAUUUGUGUUACAGCUGUGAGCUUUUCACAGAGGGCACUGUUCACAAUGGUCUUUCUGCCACGAUUCUGGUCUAUGCACUGAAAGAACAAUGUCAUUCAUAUGCUUUGUCUUAUGCAAGCUGUAGGGAAGAAAAUGUCAAGGAUUUAUUUUGUGACGUUGUAUCUUUCGUUUGAAUGUCUAGUUCUGUAUAAUAAACUUGUUUCAGUA